GAAACCAGGCUAGUUAGUAGUCGACGCGCACCAUACCACAGCGCACGCGCCAAUGUUACCGCUACAACCUAUUUGGUUCACAUAGAGGUUGUAUAGGAACAUCUUAAAAGAAUAAAAGAAAAAUAAAUUAAGAAAAAUAAAACGUCGAGUUCGAAAUUCGUAAUUCGAAGCGAACGUGUUUGAACAAUAUUUCGAAUUCCGCGCGUCUUUUUUUGAUUGGCGGGAUAUCGUAGUGUUGCAAAUUGAAGAAUUUGAGGUGAUUAUUGCGAAGUGUUUUGCAGUCUUGGAAUAAAUCAAAAUGUUUCACGGAGGUAUAUGGGCUAAGCUGCAAGGCUUCUACAAGUGGUAUGUGCUGGGGCUGGUGUCGAUCGGCUACAUCCUAGGAGAGCUCGGACAUUAUCUUAUUGGUACUACAUCGAAGGUGACGGCAGAUGAUCUCCACUACGGAGACAAGUCCUGCAUGCUGAACCUGACGCACGUGUCACUGAGCGACCUACCCGUCGUCUGCGAGAAAGUCAACUCUAGUGAUAUAUGCGAGACUCUAACUCUGAAUGGGACGCGGUACUGCGAGUGGGGGUACAAUGGACUGGGGAUAGAUUACCAGGUGCUGGCGGGCCCCGCCUUCAUGGCAGUGUUCACUGUCGUCGGAGUCAUACUCGGCGUGGUCGCUGACAAAUUCAACAGAGCAAGAAUCCUUGCCUUCUGUACCCUCAUCUUCGUGAUCGCCAUCCUUCUCAUGGGAACCGUCAAGGAGUACUGGCAUCUAGUCGUCCUGCGUAUGAUAAUGGCGGCAGGAGAAUCCGGGUGCAAUCCUCUAGCUACUGGCAUUCUGACUGACUUGUUCCCUGAGAAACAGAGGGCUCUGGCGUUGUCCAUCUUCAACUGGGGCAUCUAUGGAGGAUAUGGUAUCGCCUUCCCCGUUGGACGGUAUAUACCUGAUGUUAAUGCUUGGGGGCUGAGCUGGCGUGUGUGCUACUUCGGAGCUGGUAUCGUCGGUCUAGUCAUCACUGUGCUCACCUUCCUCACUCUUCGGGAGCCUUCCAGAACUACUAUUGGAGAAGAAGGUACCGCAAAGACAAAUGACACUACUGUAGAGUCCGGCAAGAAGAUCCCUCAGGUGACCAUCUGGCACGUGAUUGCGCAGCCCAGGAUUAUUCUGCUGUGCCUGGCUGCCUCUAUCAGACAUUGCGGUGGUAUGUGCUUCGCGUACAACGCCGACCUGUACUACCGUGACUACUUCCCCGAUGUGGACCUAGGCUGGUGGCUGUUCGCUGUUACUGUUGGUAUCGGCUCCAUCGGUGUCGUCGCUGGAGGAGUCAUCUCCGACAAGUAUGUGGAGAAGAUGGGUGUUCGUUCAAGAGUACUGGUUCUUGCGCUGUCUCAGCUGAUUGCCACCCUCCCCGCCUUCGGUUCUGUGGUGUUCGGACCUCUGUGGGCCAUGAUCACUCUUGCUAUUUCCUACUUCUUCGCUGAGAUGUGGUUCGGUAUCGUUUUCGCCAUCCUCGUGGAGAUAGUGCCUCUGUCAGUCCGAUCCACCACCGUCGGAGUGUUCCUCUUCGUGAUGAACAACGUGGGAGGCAACCUGCCCAUCCUGGUCGACCCCGUCUCCAAGAUCAUAGGAUACAGAGAGGCCAUCAUGAUCUUCUACGCUGGAUUCUAUGGCAUCAGCAGCAUAAUGUUCUUCCUAACAAUGUUCCUGAUGGACGGUCCUGUAGAGAAAGCAGCUACAGAGGAACCAGCGAACAAACGCAGUGGUCUCGACAACAGAGCCUUCACUCAAGACGAACUACCCGCCAGAAACGCGGGCAGACCUCUACCUUCAGCCGUUAACGAAAGAUUGUAAAUUAUUAAAGGACUCUUUAAACGCAAUCCGGGGCCAUAACAGACACGAUAUCGUCGUACUGUUAGCAAAAAACAAACUGGCAACGAGGCCCCAGGGCCGUAAUUAGGACGUCUUUGGGUGCAAUAAAGUACAAAAUAAAUGCAUGACAGGACUUUGUAUAUAGCUUACGACACAAAUAAUUAUUAUUGGUAAAUAUAAAGAAUUAUUCGUUAUUCUCCAAAGUUAAUCGUUAUUGUAAUGUAGAUUAUUAGGUAUGUGUUUUUUUUUAAUAAAAUUAUUACCAUUUUUAAAUAAUUCGUACCAUAUCUAAAUACAGAAAAGUAGAUUAUUAGAUCCGCCUAUGCGAUUUCAGGUUUGUAAAUUUGUCAAAGUCUAAAUACAAUAACAAAUAGAUAUUUGUCAUACAAUGCAUGUUCCUGUAGUAGUAAGCAAAAUAUUUUAUGGCUGAUUCAUCAAAACAGUGCUAAAAUAAAGUCUCUGACUGACUUAGCCUGUGUGUAUGAAGACGCCUGGAUCUGAUGCUGAUCUGAUCAUUUAAUGUGCAUUGUCGUUAGUACCUUUGAGGUAUGUCUGAGUGUUAAGUUUUAUUUUAAGUUAUUUUUAAGUUGUGUUAAGGUCGUUUUAUUUAUUUUCAUUGUGAAUUCCAAGUUUAUCAAUAAGUCUGUUUAAAACAUAACUUUUAUUUUAAAACAUAGUAAUUAUCUUUAAUACAUGUGAUAAGUAAUAGUAAUCCGAAUCUCAACUACAUUUUAUUACAAAGAAAUUCAUCAACAACGAAGUUAUACAUAAAAUUAAGUUAAUUUUUAAACAGACUAUGGUAAACUAUAAUUAUUUUCAACGCAAAUGUUGUUUUUAUGCCUUAUUUUGAGUUUAUUUGCAAUAAAUUUAUUACAAUACAAAUGAAAAAUGUACAAAUCAAUAUAAUACAAAUCUACAAUUAUUGCUGUUAAUACAAAUUGAUCACUUGAGUAAAUACAAUGUAGUCAAAUUCUCAUUGUAAUUGUUAUAAUUACGACAAAAUGAUAAAAAUCUAAAAAUGAAAUGCAGUUGUUAUGUGAUAAUGAUCUUUUGUACAUAUUUAUUUCAUAGUUUAAUGUGAUUAUUGUAAAUAAAUGUUUAAUGUUUUAUGAGAAA